UGCUGAUGGGAUUCCGCUUUCAACUAAAGAAGUUCUGCCGGUUGAUUCGCUGCUGUUUUUGUCCGAUACUUUGCUUUCAGUGCCUCCCUCCUCUGUGGACACAUGGAAGGGGGGGGUCCUAUGAGUUAAUGUUGGAGAAAGACACGUAGCGGUGGAGUAGCGUAUUCUAUCAGCCCUGAUGACGGACUCCGGACACAGUUCCUCCUCCUCCUGUUUUCCACACCAAACCUCCUCACUUUGCCGAGUUUGGAUCGGCCCUUUUUGAUAUGCGCGCAUCUUUUCUGCAGACUUCGUUGUCCCCAUUACUGCUCCGGGAGGACGCGACGGUAGGAAGGUGGCCGUAGGCUCCACUUUUCCACCUUACUCCACUCCAGGGGCAGUGGGGGGGCACAACUCAGAUGUCCCACAAGAAAUGGUCUCUUAUGUACAGGAAAGGCACCUCACACAUCACUUUGACAUCUCUCUGCUUUUCAAUCCAACACGAAGAGGGAAACUAUUAUUGGGAUACUGAAACCAUUUCCAGAGUAGCUGAUGCAUAUUUAGACUGACGUAGCUGCUGUCUUUCACAAUAAUGUAGAACAAAAUCAUCUUCAACACGUAGGGACUGCAGUGGAGUUUAUCAAUAUGGCAGGAAUGGAGGGGAGUUCAGCACGAGCCCCUUGUGCAGGUCAACAAGUGCGGCUGCUUCCGUUUUAUUAGGGCGAAGAGCAAAACGCAAACCUGAGCUCAUUCCUCAAAGAUGUUAAUGGACAAAAAGACAGGCAACAGAAACUUCAAUACACAGAAACAUGGUUAUCAUCCAUGAACUUACAUUUGCAAACAUAUACACACAAAAAAAAAUGAUUAAUUUCUACUUUGCGUCAGUUCUGUCAUACGGGAUUCUUUUUUGCCCAAUCGGCUUCCCUGUUUCUUGCCGUCGGUGGAUGUGACUGGUGGGAGUCUGGUUUCCCUCCUGUGUUCCCACUGCUCAUGCAAGGCCAUGGGUCUGCCACGCUAACGUGCACACUGAGGAACCCAGGCAAAGGAAGGUCUCUAGCUGCCCAGGCGCUUCUAAGAUGUUGAGACCUGCCCGCAUCGCCGGAGCUCCAGCCUGGAUCACUCACACUGCGCCUCCUCCCCCCGGCCAUGGACCCCGAAGCGGCUCGCCCCCGACCCCAGUGCGACGGCCUCGGGCCCCGCCUCGCCCUGUGAAGGAUGUCCCUCGGUGGCGCUCCAGCCCGGGACACACCUGAGACCCCCAGCCCCAGAGAGAGGAUCCGCAGCCACAUGAGGAUGGUGAUCGACCAGCUAGAGGGCAUUCUCCAGGAGCUCAAGGAGGUGGCCAAGGAGCUGCGGGAGGUGGUGGGCCAGAUUGACAAGCUGACGUCGGACUUUGACUUUGACCUGGAGCCAGAUGACUGGACAGUUGCCACAGCAAGCAGCACCUCCAGUAGCGAGAGGGGGCUGGGCGACGCCUUCCGGCUGGACUUCUUCAACCCCGACGUGCUCUCAGACAGCUGGGAGUUCUGCAGCUUCCUAGAAACCCCUUCCUCAGGCCUUGCGCCCACCCAGAAACCUGCAGGGCAGCGAUCGAGUGACAAGGAGCCAGAUCAGGAGGUAGGACAGGCAACUGUGGUAAUGCCCAUACCAGCCACCACAUAUUCUCAGAUGAAUGGAGGCCUUCCUGUCCCCAACGGGCCCCUGAGAGUGACCCCAGACUCAUCCAGCGAGGAGGCUUCAAGCUCCACGCACAGCCACAAAGCCUCGCGCUCCUCGGGGGCCAAAGAGCGCGUCCGCUUCAGCGACAAGAUCUUGUACCACGCACUGUGUUGCGACGAUGACGAUGAUGCCGAGGAGGAAGAGGAAGAGGAAGGUGGCCGCGCAACGCCGGAGACGGACAGCGAGCCCAGUCCGCCCACUGCCUCCCCCACACCUGAGCUCUUGCCCACUGACUACUCGCAUCACAACUGUCUUGACUCUUCCUCUCUCUCCCUGCCUGCAAGGGCCGGGGGGUUGCAAACACCACUGGUGCCCCCCACGCCAGCCAGGAAGGCCCGAAACAACCCAAGCUGCAGAAAAAAACUUUUGCGGAACAGCAGUACACAAACUGUGUCGGACAAGAGCACCCAAACCAUACUGCCCUAUGUCCCAGCCAAACAGAAAGCAAAGGACCAGCACUGAACGAGACGAAAGUGACAAACACGGACUCUGUGAUAUUGAAAUACUUAG